UAUGGAUUAAGAAAUUAGACAUACACAUUAAAGUAUUCUAAAACGAUAAUCAACUUUUGAUAAUCCUAAUUACAUGGAAGAGAAAGAGAAGUAGCAUCAAUAACAUUAGAAUAAUAUAUAAGAAGAUUUACAUGUUCAUAUAGAUAGUAGUGUGAAGAUCAUCACAAUUCCUGAGGUUCAAGAUACAUAAAUAAUUCAAGAACAAAAUGAAAGUAUAUGAUUAUUGUAUUAUAAAGUUCAUUUUCCAAAGAAAGUCAAUAAUUUAAGUGAAGCUGAACUAAUUAAGUUAGCAUUAAAGUAAAAUGAUAUAUGUUAAUAAAUAGAAAACCUUAAAUAUGGGAGGAAGAUGAAUAAUGACUGUU